CCGAGGGUUCCAACCUCUGAAACAAGUUCCCCAUCUCUUGCCACUAAAUGAAAUUGCGGCGGAGAGCGAGGCCGACAUCUACAAUAGAAUACGCCAUCUAUAACAUAUCGGCGACUAUGAGAGGCAGGAGUUCUAUAGUACAUGAGAUAUAACGGUUGAAAUUGAAUUUCCUGAUCAACGGCUAAAUUUUCUACUGCUUCAUUUUCACUUUUUCAAUUAUGCUUCUCUGCUCAGCACUCAUUUGAUUUUCGAGUUUUUGUAUCAAUUAACCAAAACGCUUACCCUAGCAAUGGCGAUGGAUGCGUCCGCACCGAACAAUCUCGACGACUACUCACCUUCUUCCACCGUAAUCAAAUUCGACCCCCCCAUUUCCUUACUCCGAGGACCGUUACCGGCGGGUCCUUCCGACGACCCAUCGGCGGGUCCCUACGUUCUGGCCUUCAGAGAUUCGCGAGCUUGGGCUUCUUCAUUCAUAGCCUGCGAGCGUAAAAUCGUUGCGCAGUGUGAGGAUGGUGCGAGGAUUGGUUGCGCUGUUAGCGCUUCCAGAGAGUGUAAGCCUCCUUGGUGGAAGGCUUUGGUGGGUCCCAAACUCUCCGAUCUGAAGGAGAGAGAACUUUGUGAAGCGCGUGAGAUGGCGGAAUGUUUCGCCGCGGCGAAGGAGAAGUGUGUUGGCUUCGCCAGGGAUAAGUGUUUGCUUCCCUUUAGGGAUGCGCGGAUUAAGGUUGGGAAAGGGGUUUUGAAUUUGAAUUCCAAGGAUGCUGUGAGAUUGAUUGGUUGGGCAUCGAUGCCUGAUAGUGAGAGGAGCUCGUGGUUGAUGAGUCAAAUGGGUUCUAUGUGUCUGAAUGGUUGGAAUUUCCAAGGGACCAAUUGCCGGGCCAGUGAAUUGCUGGGUUCUGAUGAGUGUGUGCAAUGCAUUUUAGGGGAACGGCAACAAUGCAGAAAAAAUUAAACAUAAUUUUGUCACCUAUUACCGGAGAAGUUAUCAGAAUUGUCAUCUCAUUGAGCUUGCUGAAUCAAGUAUCCAGGAGGUGAGGUGGUUAUAGUUCAAAUGGAGCAGUAUGAAAUUCUGGAACAGAUUGGCAAAGGUGCUUUUGGUUCUGCUUUGCUUGUGAGGCACAAGCAUGAAAAGAAAAAAUAUGUCCUUAAGAAGAUCCGCCUUGCUCGCCAAUCUGACAGAUCCCGCAGGUCUGCCCACCAGGAGAUGGAGCUUAUAUCUAGAGUUCGAAAUCCAUUUAUUGUGGAGUAUAAAGAUUCCUGGGUAGAAAAGGGUUGUUUUGUAUGUAUCAUCAUUGGAUAUUGUGAAGGAGGAGAUAUGGCUGAAACUAUUAAAAAGGCUAAUUGUGUUAACUUUCCUGAAGAGAAACUUUGUAAGUGGCUUGUUCAAUUGCUGAUGGCACUUGAUUACUUGCAUGUAUAUCAUAUUCUUCAUCGUGAUGUCAAGUGUUCAAAUAUAUUCUUGACUAAAGAUCAAGAUAUACGGCUAGGUGACUUUGGUCUUGCUAAGAUGUUGACAUCUGAUGAUCUUGCUUCCUCAGUUGUUGGGACUCCGAGUUAUAUGUGCCCAGAGCUUCUUGCUGACAUACCCUAUGGCUCUAAGUCAGAUAUCUGGUCUUUGGGAUGCUGUAUUUAUGAAAUGGCUGCUCACAAGCCAGCUUUUAAAGCUUUUGAUAUGCAAGCAUUGAUUAACAAAAUAAACAAGUCUAUAGUAGCUCCACUGCCAACUAUGUAUUCUGCUGCUUUUCGAGGGCUUGUCAAAAGUAUGCUGCGGAAAAAUCCAGAGCUUAGACCAACUGCUGCAGAUUUACUAAAUCAUCCGCAUCUUCAGCCUUACAUUCAUAAAAUUCAUCUAAAAUUAAACAUCCCUAGAAGAACUACUUUUCCAUUCCAAUGGCCUGAGUCAAAUUAUGUAAGGAGAACUCGGUUUGUAGAGCCAGAAUCUGUUUCUACUCUUUCUGACCAAGAUAAAUGCUUGUCAUUUAGCAAUGACGGGGCCUUCAAUCCUAGUAUUUCUGAAACUGAACAAGGUUCUUUAUGUUCUACUCAAAGAGCACAUGGAUUAUCCACUGGUUCUGAAGAGAAGCUCUAUGAACUGUCUGUUGGACGUGUCCAUGACAAAUGUGACAGUGACAAAUCAGAAGUCACUAAGUUCUCAAGUGUUAAGAGAACACCAAGAUUGAGAGCAGUUAAAGAUUCCAGUACUGCCAAAAGGCAAACAAUGGCACCAUCCAAGAUACUGCAUACUGAUCCAAAGCGUGAUUUGCUUCCAGUUUCUCAUGCACAAUCUGGAAAGUUUUCCACACCAACUCGUAGAGCAUCCCUUCCACUGCCUCCAAGAGCCACAACCACAGAAAACUUGUACACCAAUGUUGGUCUCCUUGGUAGUGUGAACUCUCCUGAUGUUUCUGUUAAUGCACCACAAAUUGACAAGAUUGUAGAAUUCCCAAUGGCCUCCUGUGAGGAUCACUUUUUCUCUAUUUGUGGACCAUCUUCAACAUCAGCGCGCUGCUCUUCAAGCUCAGCAGGGAGUGCUGAUUGCUCAAUCACAAAGGACAAGUGUACAAUCCAGGUGGAGAAAGUUACUGUCCCUACCACUGCUAGUGAUGCUUGCCAUGGUCCAAAGGGCAGUGAAUGCUCUUCUGAACAUGUGAUAGCUGAUGUUUCAAGCCCUUCUGAAUUGCAUCAGCAACGGUUUGACACCUCAUCAUACCAGCAACGUGCCGAGGCAUUGGAGGGGUUGCUGGAAUUCAGUGCCAGGCUCCUACAACAACAGAGGUUUGAAGAGCUUGGGGUGUUGCUGAAGCCAUUCGGGCCUGAGAAGGUUUCUCCAAGGGAAACAGCUAUUUGGUUGACCAAGAGCUUCAAAGAAACUGCGGUCUAAGUUUUUUUUUUUUUCCAUACACUAAUGUGAUAAUUGCCUUUGGAUAAUGUACAUAAUGUUGUAUAUUUGGCAAUAGAAUAAUGAAGAGUGGCUUUUUAUCAUUGGCAUUGGCAUUUUCCAGAGAUGUGCACCGUAGCUGGGAACGAGCAUGCAUCAUAUAGAAUAAUGCUACAAUACAGACAUCUCUUGCUUAUCAACUCACAUUUGUAAAGUUUUCACAUGAUGUACAACUUGUUACACACCAUGCAUAAUUCUUUCGUUUGUC